GUUAGGGAAGAAGAAAUUGAAGAAAGAGAAAGAAAAUUUCUCAGAAAACCUAACCCUUCUUUCCUUUCCCUCUUUCAGAGACGAUAAUCGAAGAGAGGUGGUCUCUCUUCUCUUCUCUUCUCUGAGAUUAUCCUGAAGAGGGCAGUCACUGAAUCAUCCAUUUUUCUUUGUUUUUCUUCAUCUUCAUCAUCGUCAUCACCAGCAGCAUUCAUUUCACUCAAAUCGACUGCCCUUUUCUUUUCUUUUUCUUUUUCUUUCCCCCUUUCGCAUCUCUGAAAUCCCUUUUGGAAUCGCUUGCUUACGAGGGUAUUCCUUCACUUUUUCUUUUAUGCUCUGCCAUAUUUCACUCGGAGGAACUUAACCUGGGUUUUAUAUAUCUAUAUAUGAUGAGGGACCAUAAUUUCAUUGUCAGCUUCAAGGGUCAAGCUGAAUUCAAUUAAUGCUAUAGUUAUCCGAGCAAUGGGUGUUAGAUGGAUCAAGCUUGGAACCAAUUUCUCAUUUCCUCUCCUUUUCAUUCUUCUCUUGGAAAUUCAGGGCUGUUGUUGCUCUCUUAAUUCUGAAGGAUUGGCAUUGUUGGGAUUCCGGGAAGGAAUUCAUUAUGAUCCAUAUGGCUCACUCUCGAAUUGGAACGUUAACGAUUCAAACCCUUGCCAAUGGAGAGGCAUCAAGUGUUUGGACGAUGGAAAAGUUCAACAUAUCAAUCUCAGCAAUCUUUCAUUGGAAGGUUUCUUAUCGCCUCUUCUCGGAAAUCUCACUCACCUAACAUCUCUCGUCCUUAGUGACAACAGUUUUUCUGGUACAAUACCGAAAGAGAUUGGAAUUCUGGAUAUGCUCGAAUUGCUAGACUUGAGAAACAACAAUCUGAAUGGACCUAUUCCACUCGAAUUAACCCAUUCGACAUCUUUGAAAAUCCUAUUGGUCUAUAGCAACAACAAUAUGGUUGAAUCUUCACCUAUUGUUUGUUUAAAUCGAAGAUCCCAACAUUGUUUGAAGGAAUACAAAAGAAGACUUUCUCUUCCAAGAACUUCGGUACAUAAUAUACAGGUAAGGAUCGGUUCUGAUAGAAGGCGUCGUAUUCUUCAGCAGUCAAACAUCGCAUCUAAUGUGGGUCAGACCCCAAUACCAAAUCAGAUAGUUUAUGUUCCAAUUAGCCAAAGUAGCGGUUCCUUCCCUGCUAUACCGAAAACUGUUAAUAGUAAUCCUAUGAUUGGACCAACCAAUAACGGGUCUGAUCAGAAACGAUUGGUUGGUGGCAAUACAUGGAAAUAUGUAGUUGCCGGUGUAGCCUUUUCAAUGCUUAUUAUUGUCGUGGCGAUGAUCUUCAUUAGCCGGAGUAAAGCAGUUACGACGAUUGUUCCUUGGAAAACUGGAUUGAGUGGGCAAUUGCAGAAAGCAUUCGUUACAGGGGUUCCGAAACUGAAUAGAGGAGAGUUAGAAUCAGCCUGUGAGGAAUUCAGUAAUAUUAUCGAUACCAAUGGAAGUACUCUCUAUAAAGGCACGUUAUCGAGUGGAGUUGAGAUUGCUGUUACUUCAACCGCGAUCACUGCUUUGAAAUACUGGUGUAAGCGUUCUCAACGGGCGUACAGAAAGAAGAUUGAUAUGUUAUCGAGAAUAAACCAUAAGAAUUUCGUUAACCUUAUCGGUUACUGCGAGGAAGAUCAGCCUUUUACUAGAAUGAUGGUUUUCGAGUACGCUCCAAACGGUUCCUUAUCCGAGCAUCUACAUGUUAAGGAAGUUGAACAUCUUGAUUGGGGAACAAGGAUUAGGAUUAUCAUGGGAACCUCGUACUGUCUUCACCAUAUGCAUGAUCUAUCUCCUCCAGUGGCUCAUCCAAAUCUGAAUGCCAAUCACAUCUUUUUAACAGAUGAUUAUGCUGCCAAGAUUGCUGACAUUGGAUUCGGACAAGAGUCUUCGAAAAAUCCAGGGGAAGAUGAAUCAGAGUACUCUGAACUGACAUCAUCUGCCGAUCCAGAAUCAAAUGUAUAUAGUUUUGGAAUUAUGUUGCUCGAGAUCAUCUCUGGAAAGUCUCCUUACGAUGAAGGAGGUUCUCUUUCCAAAUGGGCAAGUGAAUGCUUGAACGGGAAGCAAAACAUCAAGAAUGUUGUUGAUCCGACAUUGAAAUCGUUCAAGAACAUUGAACUGGAAACCGUGAGUGAUGUGAUCAGAAUGUGUGGCCAAUCGAAUUCGAAGAAAAGACCGAGCAUGAAAGAAGUGAUUGCAAAACUGAAGGAAACAAUCGCCAUAACACCCGAUCAAGCGGUUCCUAGGCUUUCUCCACUUUGGUGGGCUGAGCUUGAGAUUUUAUCUUCAGAAUCAGGUUAAAUUGAUUAACAAGUUGAAUCCCCAAUUUUUUCUCACUGUGUUUUGUCUGUAAGUGUCUCAAUUUCUGUAACAUUUUGUUGAGAAAAAAAAACACUACAAAAAAAGAAAAAUAUAUACCUCUA